CUGAAACAUGAUGGAAGCCGAACUGAACACUUCAAGAAUCCGACCGCGAACCCUACCCUCUCUGUGGUCUCUCUCUCUCUCUCUCUCUCUCUCUCUCUCUCUCUCUCUCUAAGUUUUCAUGUUAGUUCCUAGAGGAGCUUGACGGACGAAGAAACCGAUUCGGCGGAGAGAAAAGAAUCUGAUAGAUCCGAGGUAAUUUCCUGAGCGUCAGGAAGAGCAUGGGAGAUGUCUGGACAUGGCUGAUUUCCUUCUUCUUCCUCAUCGCCCUUGUCGGAAUCAUCGUUUACCAGCUUGUUUGCUUAGCUGAUCUCGAGUUUGAUUACAUCAACCCUUACGACUCUGCCUCGAGAAUAAACUUUGUGGUUUUACCGGAAUUCAUUCUUCAAGGCACUCUAUGCUUCUACUACCUCGUGACCGGACACUGGUUAAUGACCCUCUUUUGUCUACCCUAUCUCUUCUACGAUUACCAACUUUACUCAAAAGGACAGCACUUGAUAGACGUGACCGAGAUCUUCAACUUGCUUAACCGGGAAAAGAAGAAACGGCUGUUCAAACUCGGUUACAUAAUCCUCAUCCUAUUCCUCACCAUAUUUUGGAUGAUAUACUCGGCCCUGGAUGAUUAUGACGACUAAGGCGACACGGUUUAACCUUCCCGGGUUUUAUCCUCUCUGGUUAACUGAUGCUGCCCUCAAAGAUACACUGCCAUGGUGGUAAAAAUGAUUCGGUUUUCGCAAAUGUUGUAACCGAUGUUUGCGUAAUCAGUGCCAGAAGAGAUCUGUAACUUCUGGGUCAGAUUUAAACUUUUAGGAGGUUAAGAUCAUUGUGGUGAAACAUUGAGAUAAACCUCUGUAACUUGUCCCAAUUGUUUGUCUGUUUAGUUGUUUUGGGUCCAGAUUAACUUAAACCCCAUUGAAAUAUGAAGGAUUGUUGCUGGAAGCCUGGAAAUA